AUGCGCCCCGAAGUUGAGCAAGAACUUGCUCAUACACUACUUAUCGAGCUUUUGGCAUAUCAGUUUGCUUCACCCGUGAGAUGGAUCGAGACCCAAGAUGUUUUCCUCGCGGAAAGAACGGCAGAGCGAAUAGUCGAAAUCGGCCCCGCCGACACUCUUGGGGUCAUGGCAAAAAGAACUCUUGCCAGCAAGUAUGAAGCCUAUGAUGCUGCGAAAUCGGUUCAGCGACAAAUUUUCUGCUACAACAAGGAUGCCAAGGAGAUAUAUUAUGAUGUCGAUCCCGUGGAGGAGGAACCGGAGCCAGCCGCCUCCGCUCCUGCAGCAACGAGUGCUUCUCCAUCGCCCACCGCCGCUGCUGCUCCAACUGCCGCUCAGGUCGUUGCACCUCCCAGCUCUGGUCCUGCAGCUCAGGUUCCUGAUCAGCCUGUUCAAGCCGUCGAUAUUAUACGUGCUUUGGUCGCUCAGAAACUCAAGAAGCCACUUCUUGAGGUGCCCUUGAGCAAAGCCAUCAAGGAUCUUGUAGGCGGGAAAUCCACGCUGCAGAAUGAAAUUCUGGGCGACCUAGGGAAAGAAUUCGGCUCUACUCCUGAAAAGCCUGAAGAUACCCCUCUGGACGAGCUGGGCUCUUCUAUGCAGGCUACGUUUGACGGGAAUCUGGGAAAGCAGUCUCAAUCUUUGAUUGCGAGAUUAAUAUCAUCCAAGAUGCCCGGUGGUUUCAAUAUUACCGCCGCUCGCAAGUACCUCGAGACUCGAUGGGGCUUGGGCUCAGGUCGUCAGGACGGUGCGUUGCUAUUAGCAAUGACUAUGGAACCCCCAGCACGCCUUGGCUCCGAAAGCGACGCCAAAGCGUUUUUGGACGAUGUUACUCAGAAGCAUGCCACAAACGCCGGCUUCAGCCUCAGUAUUGCUUCCUCCGGACCCGCUGGCGGCUCUGGUGGCGGCAUGAUGAUGGACCCUGCUGCCAUCGAUGCUUUGACCAAGGAUCAGCGGGCUCUGUUCAAGCAGCAGCUCGAGCUAUUUGCUCGUUACCUCAAGAUGGAUCUCCGAUCUGGCGACAAGGCAGCCAUUGACUCUCAAAAGUCCGAAAAGGUCCUUCAAGCUCAACUCGACCUGUGGACGGCUGAGCAUGGUGACUUCUAUGCCUCAGGCAUCGAGCCCGUCUUCAGUCCUCUGAAGGCUCGUACGUACGAUUCGUCAUGGAACUGGGCUCGCCAGGAUGCCUUGAGCAUGUACUAUGACAUCAUCUUUGGCCGUCUCCAGGUCAUUGACCGUGAGAUUGUUAGUCAAUGUAUUCACAUCAUGAACCGAUCCGAUCCAAAGCUGGUCGAAUUCAUGCAAUAUCACAUCGACAACUGCCCAACUGAGCGUGGAGAAACGUACGAGCUCGCCAAGGAGCUUGGGGAGCAGCUCAUUGAGAACUGCAAGGACGUGCUGAACGCCUCACCGGUGUACAAGGAUGUCGCCGUUCCUACUGGUCCUCGCACUACUGUUGAUGCCCGCGGCAACCUCAACUAUGAAGAAGUCCCUCGUGCUAGCUGCCGUAAACUGGAACACUAUGUUCAGCAGAUGGCCGAGGGUGGCAAGAUCUCCGAAUAUGGCAACCGAACCAAGGUGCAAAAUGACCUUCAGCGCAUUUACAAGCUCAUCAAGCAACAGCACAAAAUGUCCAAAACCUCGCAGCUCGAGAUCAAGAGCUUGUACGGGGAUGUGCUCCGCUCCCUUGCCAUGAAUGAGAGCCAAAUACUCUCCAAGGAGAACGGCAAGAGCAAGAAGGCCGUCCUUCGGGGCACUAGCCAUAACAAAGGCAAGGUCGAGACCAUUCCUUUCUUACACCUGAAGCGCAAGACACUCCAUGGCUGGGAUUACAGCAAAAAGCUGACUGCGGUUUACCUCAACUGCCUGGAAAAUGCUGCUAAUGCUGGUAUGACGUACCAGGGCAAGUAUGUCCUGAUGACCGGAGCCGGUGCCGGCUCCAUUGGCGCUGAAGUUCUCCAGGGCCUCGUGAGUGGUGGUGCCAAGGUUGUUGUAACCACCAGUCGCUUUUCCCGUGAGGUGACUGAGUACUACCAAUCAAUGUACACCCGCUACGGAUCACGCGGAUCCCAAAUUGUUGUGGUGCCAUUCAAUCAAGGCAGCAAGCAAGAUGUUGAGGCUCUCGUCGAGUACAUCUACGACACAAAGAACGGUCUCGGAUGGGACCUCGACUACGUUGUUCCUUUCGCCGCCAUUUCUGAAAAUGGCCGUCAGAUUGACAACAUCGAUUCGCGCUCCGAACUUGCUCACAGAAUCAUGCUUACCAACUUGAUUCGCCUUUUGGGUUGCGUCAAGUCACAAAAAGCAGAACGUGGGUUUGAGACUCGUCCUGCCCAGGUCGUCCUUCCUCUCUCGCCCAAUCAUGGCACUUUCGGUAACGAUGGUCUAUACUCCGAGUCCAAGCUCGCUCUCGAAACUCUCUUCAACCGCUGGUACUCCGAGAGCUGGGCCAACUACCUCACCAUCUGCGGCGCCGUCAUUGGCUGGACUCGUGGAACGGGUCUCAUGUCUGGCAACAACGUUGUUGCUGAAGGUGUCGAGGCGUUUGGAGUCCGCACCUUCUCCCAACAGGAAAUGGCAUUCAAUCUCCUCGGACUGAUGUCACCUACCAUUGUUGAUCUCUGCCAAGUCGAACCCGUCUUUGCUGAUCUCAACGGCGGUCUCCAAUUCAUUCCCAAUCUCAACGAAGCCAUGACCAAGCUGCGCAAGGAUAUCAUGGAGACGAGUGAAAUCCGCAAAGCUGUUUCCAAAGAGAGUGCUAUUGAGAACACAAUCGUCAAUGGUGCCGACUCUGAAGUACUAUACAAGAAGAAGACCAUUUCUCCCCGAGCCAAUAUCAAGUUCCAGUUCCCCCCCUUGCCCGAAUGGGACUCGGAAAUAUCUCCUCUUAACGACAAGUUGAAGGGGAUGGUAGACCUCGAAAAGGUUGUUGUCGUGACCGGUUUUGCAGAAGUUGGGCCCUGGGGAAACUCGCGCACUCGAUGGGAGAUGGAGGCGUACGGCGAGUUUUCUCUUGAGGGUUGCGUUGAGAUGGCCUGGAUCAUGGGUCUCAUUCGCAACCACAACGGUCCAAUCAAAGGCAAACCCUACUCUGGCUGGGUGGACGCCAAGUCAGGCGAGCCUGUUGACGACAAGGAUAUCAAGCAGAAAUAUGAAAAGUUCAUAUUGGAGCAUUCGGGCAUUCGUCUGAUCGAGCCGGAGCUUUUCGGAGGCUACGACCCCAACCAGAAGCAGCUGCUUCACGAAGUCGUCAUUGAGGAAGAUCUGGAGCCCUUUGAAGCAUCCAAGGAAACCGCUGAGGAAUUCAAGCGUGAACACGGUGACAAGGUCGAGAUCUUCGAGAUUCCGGAUAGUGGCGAAUACAUUGUGCGGAUGAAAAAGGGGGCUUCUCUCUGGAUACCAAAGGCCCUCCGGUUCGACAGGCUCGUUGCCGGCCAGAUCCCUACCGGUUGGGACGCCAAGAGAUAUGGCAUUCCCGACGACAUUAUCUCUCAGGUCGACCCAGUCACACUCUUCCUUCUUGUAUCCACUGCUGAGGCCCUUCUCUCUGCCGGCAUCACCGACCCCUACGAGUUUUACAAAUACGUCCAUGUCUCCGAAGUCGGCAACUGCGUCGGCUCUGGCAUGGGCGGUUCAUCUGCUCUGCGAGGUAUGCACAGGGAUCGCUUCCUGGAUCAGCCUCUCCAGAACGACAUUCUCCAAGAGUCCUUUAUCAACACAAUGGCCGCCUGGGUCAACAUGCUGCUCCUCUCUUCCUCCGGGCCGAUCAAGACUCCCGUCGGUGCAUGUGCCACCGCGGUAGAGUCCGUUGAUGUCGGCUAUGAGACCAUUAUGGAGGGCAAGGCUCGCGUUUGCUUCGUCGGUGGGUUCGAUGACUUUGGCGAGGAAGGCUCGUAUGAGUUUGCCAACAUGAAAGCCACCAGCAACACCGUGGAUGAGCUCAACCAUGGCCGAACGCCAAAGGAGAUGUCUCGUCCUACCACCACUACCAGAAACGGGUUCAUGGAGUCUCAGGGUUGCGGUGUCCAGAUUAUCAUGACAGCUAAGCUUGCCCUAGAUAUGGGUGUUCCCAUCUAUGGUGUUCUGGCUCUCACGACGACCGCCUCCGACAAGAUUGGUCGAUCCGUGCCGGCUCCUGGCCAAGGUGUUCUCACAACGGCUCGAGAGCAUGCUGGGAAAUUCCCGUCGCCCCUUCUUGACAUCAACUACCGCCGCCGCCAGAUUGAGCGUCGCAAGAAGCAGAUCAAGCAGUGGCAAGAAUCCGAGGUGGAGUUCAUUCAUGACGAGAUUGACGCUAUGCGAUCGCAGGAUCCAUCAUUCGAUGACAAGUCCUACGCUCAGGAGCGCUUCGCACACAUUGAGAAAGAGGCCCUUCGUCAGGAAACGGAGCUCCUCCGGAGCAUGGGCAACAACUUCUGGAAGAGCGACACGAGCAUUGCUCCACUUCGGGGCGCCUUGGCAACCUGGGGCCUAACAAUUGACGACGUCGACGUGGCAUCUUUCCAUGGUACCUCGACCAAGGCCAAUGACAAGAAUGAGUCUUCCGUCAUUUGCCAGCAGCUGCGGCAUCUUGGACGAUCCAAGGGCAAUGCAGUGAUUGGCAUCUUCCAAAAGUAUCUUACCGGUCACCCCAAGGGUGCGGCGGGUGCUUGGAUGAUGAACGGCUGCCUGCAGGUCUUGAACAGCGGUCUGAUUCCCGGCAACCGCAAUGCUGACAACGUCGACCCUGUCAUGGAGCAGUUUGACCUGAUUGCGUAUCCCAGCCGCAGCAUCCAGACGGAUGGCGUCAAGGCCUUCUCGGUAACAUCCUUUGGGUUCGGACAAAAGGGUGCGCAGGCUAUUGGUGUGCACCCUAAAUACCUCUUUGCCACCCUCGAUGAGCGCUCGUACAGAGAGUACUGCGUCAAGGUUGGCGCGCGUCAGAAAAAGGCUUACCGUUACUUCCACAACGGCCUCAUCAACAACAGCCUUUUUGUUGCCAAGUCCAAGGCACCAUACACGGACGAGCAACUCAGCAGCGUCUUGCUGAACCCCGACGCUCGUGUGACCGAGGACAAGAAGUCUUCGGAACUGACGUAUUCCGAGAAUUUCAUGAAGCAGUCGGAGAAGGUUGUCAGCUCCGCCCAAGCUGCCGAGACCCAGAAGGUGAUGGAGGCUCUUGCCCACAAAGUCGCGAACAAGAACAGCAAUGUUGGUGUCGACGUUGAGGACAUUUCUUCCGUGAAUAUUGGCAACGAGACGUUCUUGGAGCGCAAUUUUACGGCCGGGGAAAUCAGGUACUGCAAGAGCGCACCUAGCCCUCAAAGCUCCUUUGCUGGACGAUGGAGCGCCAAGGAAGCCGUAUUCAAGUCGCUCGGCGUCGCCAGCAAGGGUGCUGGUGCUGCCAUGAAGGACAUUGAGAUUAUCAAGGACGACAAGGGAGCGCCCAGAGUAAAGCUCCACGGAGAAGCUGCUUCGGCUGCUUCAAAGGCCGGGGUGAAGGACAUUGCUCUGUCCAUAUCUCAUUCUGACAAGCAGGCUAUCGCGGUUGCGGUGGCCAACUUUUAA